GAGACUUGUCUGCGCACGCGCGGUUCGCUGCUGGGGAUGCGCCGGGAAGUGUCGAGUCCCCAGCAGCGAUCGGCGUUGAGCACGAAACUCAAAAUGUCCACUGAAGGUCAAAGGGUCGACGACAGUCCAAGCACUAGUGGAGGAAGCUCUGAUGGAGACCAACGAGAAGGUGUUCAAAAUGAACAAGAAAGGGAAAAGGUUCAGCCUAAGAAGAAAGAAGGGAAGAUAUCCAGCAAAACUGCUGCCAAACUGUCCACGAGUGCCAAAAGAAUUCAAAAAGAACUUGCAGAAAUAACACUGGAUCCUCCUCCCAACUGCAGUGCUGGACCCAAAGGAGAUAACAUAUAUGAAUGGAGAUCAACUAUUCUAGGUCCCCCUGGCUCUGUAUAUGAAGGAGGUGUUUUCUUCUUAGAUAUCACAUUCUCACCAGAUUACCCAUUUAAACCACCAAAGGUGACAUUUCGGACAAGAAUCUACCACUGCAACAUUAACAGCCAAGGUGUCAUCUGCCUUGAUAUCUUGAAAGACAACUGGAGCCCGGCACUGACCAUUUCUAAAGUUCUCCUCUCCAUCUGCUCCCUGCUCACAGACUGUAACCCUGCUGAUCCUCUUGUUGGAAGUAUCGCCACUCAGUACAUGACCAACAGAGCAGAGCAUGACAGGAUGGCCAGACAGUGGACCAAGAGAUACGCUACAUAGGAUUUAUUAUAGUGGACCUGAGCAAGCACAUUCACUAAGUGCAUCAAUAGCUCCUUUAUUUUUUAUUUUUUGUUAUUUCUUUUUUUUUUUUUUAUUUACAUUUUGUGACAAAAUACUGUAUGUCCUUUUUAUUAAGACUUUGUUAACUUGAAUUCCCCCCAAAAUAUGUGGGGAUUUUAGUUUGUGUGUAAGAAUUGUUGAAUAUGUGAUAGCAUAGAGCUUUGUUUGAAAGCCUUGUAUCAAUAUUUGUGUUUUUCUUUUUGUUUUUUUAGGAAGAUGGGGAACUGUAUUUCAAAUUCAGUUACCUCCUCUCUAUAUUUACUUAGUAUUAGAUUUGAUUAUUUUUUUUUAUUUUUUUUUUUUAUAUAUAUUUUUUUUGUACCUAAAGUCUUUCAUGGUUGGUGCAUGCUUCUGGGGAAGAGUGUUUUAUAAAUAACAUUUAAAAGAAAGAAUCACUGUGCAAAAAAUAUGCUGUGUUUGCCCAUUAAGGACUUUCUAAAUGAACAAAAAGGGGUAUUUUGGGCUAUUUAAAGUUGCUUGUAAAUUACUUUAGCAGGAUGUGAAGCGGUUAAUGUACACUUAUUUUAUGAAACACUCAAUAAAAACACUGCAAAAUAUG